AUGAAUAAAGGAGAAUAAUCUCAAUAUUUAUUAGAGUAAAGUAAUAAUACGAAAUCAUUUGCUGAAAGUAUGUUUAUUUAUGUGAUUUAGACACUUCUCCAAAUAAAAGUUUAGUGCAAUAUUCAAUUAUAUAGGCAAUGCUUGAAUUCAAAAUAAAGGAACAUCCAAUCCAACCAGGAGAAUUGAUAAAUAGUUCAAUAACUGAAGAAGCUCCUCGUUUUUUGGAAAGAGGAGCUGAUUACUCUUCUAAGAUGCAUGAUAAUGAGAAUAUAAUGUUUAACAAACAGAAGCCAAGUCAGAGAAUGAGUCAUGUAUAUCCUUCUUAUAUGUCUGAAAAUUCUAUAUAGAUUGAUUAAGAUAAAAUAGAAAUGAUUGAACAUACUUACUCUGUUGAAUAAUUAUAAAAGAUUUUGAAAACAAACAUCUAACAUGGAUUGAAUGAUUAAUAAGUCUAAGAGAAAAUUACAAAAUUUGGUUUAAAUAAAAUUACUAGCAAACAUGCAAAUGUCUAAUUAAAAGAAGUGUUCAACUUAUUUACAUUAGCAUUAGUUAUAGCUAUUGUAUUAUCAUUAAUUGGAUAUUUGUAUGAUGAGAAAGAGCACAUUUCAUUUCUAAUUGAAAUUAUGAGUUUAAUAGCAGUUCUAGUAUUCACACAUAUAAUAACAUUUACAUCAUAUUAAAAAAAAAAGAAACUCUUUUAGUAAUUCAAUCAAAUAAUAACAAAUGAUGAAGUGAUUGUUAUUAGAAAUGGUUAAAAAUAAAAAAUAUCAUCAGAAUAAUUAGUAAAAGGAGAUCUAAUUGAAUUAAAUUCUAAUUAUAAAGUACCAGCUGAUUGUAGAAUCAUAUUAUCCUAAUAAUUAAGUGUUGAUAAUUUUAUAUUCACAGGAGAUUGUUAACCAAUCUUAUUGGAAUCAGAGGAAAGCAAUCACAAAUCUAUAUUUGAAGCAAGGAAUGUUGCUUUCUUAGGAGUAGGUUGUGUUUUUGGAGAAGGAAGAGCCAUAGUCAUAAAUACUGGAAAUUAAACUAUAUUAGGGAAAUUAGCAAAAAAAAUAGAUGUUCCAAUGUCUAAUUCAUAUAUUGAUUUUUAAGUCAAGAAGUAUUUAAUUUUAAAUUAUUAAGAAUUAUAUAGAUUACUACUCUGAUAAUAUUUUCAUUCAUUAUUAUAACAAUCAUUGGAUGGAUAUUAGAAGAAUAUAAAAAUGGAUAAUAUGAUUUCACAUUUCUAAUAAAUACAAUCAUCAUCAUUAUUCUAUCAAAGUAUCAAUUCAUUAUAUAUAUAUAUUCUAGUCUUCCCUUCACUUUGAUGUUAUUGAUAUCUUAUUCUAAGAGAAAGAUAGUUUCAAUCAUGCAAGAUCAAAGUAUAUUAUUGAAAGAUGUUGACGUUAUUGAAAGUCUUACUUAAAUGAGUUUAUUAUUGAUCAAUAAGGAAGCUGUCUUAGUGUAAGGAUAAUAACCUAAGAAGAUAAUCCUUGAUAAUCAAGUACAUCACAUUAAUAAAAUAAAAAACUAUCAAAGUAUUUUAAUAUUAUAUAUUAUAGACUUACUUAAUUGUAUCCACUAUUGUAUAUAUCAAGAAAAUUAUUCAUUAGAAGAAUCUUAUAAUAAAUAAGAUAUUUAAUAAAUAAUGAGACAAUUUAUUAGGGAUUAUAAAAUUGAUGAUUACAAAAUUAUAUAAUAGAGACAAUUUACAGCAAUAGAAAGAUAUUGUUUGACAAUAGUAUAAAAUAUGUAAUUCAAGUCUUAAUAUAUUGUUUAUUUAAUGGGUUCUCCUGAAGUCAUUGCAUAAAAGUUAUUUAGAUCAGGAAGUUAAGAAGAUAUUGAAUAUUUAAAUUCUCAUAGAAGUUUAGCAAAGAAGGGUUAUUCAUUGAUUUCAUUUGCUGAAAAAGUCUUAAUCUUAGAUGAAAAUUAUAGAUUUGAUAUAGCAAACACAAAUGAAUUCAAUUUUAAUUUGAAUCAUGCAACAAAUUUAGGUACUAUUGCUUUAAAAUUGACUAUCACUCCUAUUAUUAGAACAGUAUUAUAGAAAUUAAAUUUAUCUGGAAUUAGAGUUGUAUUAAUGUAAUCUAUUUACAUAUAAAAAGGACUGGUGAUUUUCCUGAAACUGCAGAAUAUAUUGCUUAAGAAUCUCAAUUAGUUUGUAAUCCAAAAAUAGUUACAGGUAAUGAUUUAGAAGAUCAUGAAUAAUUUGAUGAGGAUUAAUAAUAAAAUGAGUAGGCAGAUGAAGAAUCAAUAAAUACAAAACUAUGUACAUAAUUAAAUACAAUAUAUGCAAGAAUAAAUCCAGCAUAAAAAUUAAUGGUUAUAUCUGCUUUUUAAAAACAAGGAUAUAAAGUUGGAAUGAUUGGUUUUGAUACAAUUGAUUCACCUGCUUUAAGAAAAUGUGAUGUAAGUUUUGCAUUGAAUAGAUCUGAUGAAUUGGCUAAAUAAUCUUCAAAAGUUAUUUUGAUUAGUAAUUAAUAAUAAGAAUUAGAAUAAAUAUUGAAAUGUAUUUAUCAUGGAAGACGAUUUACAGAUAAUUUAAUAAAAUAAAUUAAAUUAUGUUUAAGUAAUAAAUUUGGUCAAUUCAUCCCAAUACUAUUAAUGCUAUUUUUAGGAAUUCCAUUGCCAUUAACUAGUUUUGGAAUAUUAUAUAUAACAUUUGUGUUGGAAAUUCUUGUAUUAGGAGUAUUGAAUGAAAAUGAAGAAGUUGAUAUUAUAAUUAGAGAACCAAGUAAUGUUAAAAUAUUUAUGAAACUCCAACAUUUUUUAAGAUGGAUACUAACUCAUGGAGUAUUGGCUGCAUCAUCAGGUAUGAUGAGUUAUUUAGUAACAAUGCAUUAUUUUGGAUUUUAAAGUAAAUCAUUACCUGGAAUUAUUUAUAAAACUGGAUAUUCAAAUUAAAUAUCUAAUUCUACUGAUUUCUAUAAUUUUAAUUCUUCAGAUCAAUAUUUAGGUAAUCUUAAUUUAAUAAAUCCUUAACCAUUAUCAUAAAAUCCUUUUAUCACUUUCUAAUUUUAUAAACAUUUCAAUAAAGAAACAUAAUUUGAUUUUAGAAAUGUUAUUGUCAAAUAUAAUGAAACAGAUUCAUCUUGGUUUACUAAUUUUAUUACUAGUAAUUCUGAUAUUUGUAAAUUAAAUGACUCUGAACUUUGUUAUUCAUAUUUAUCAUUGGAUAUUGCUCAAUUAGGAUUCAUUUAUGGAUUCAUUAUGUGGGGAUGGCUUCAUGUUUUUCUGGGAAGAACAAGGAUUCUAUCAUUUAGAUAUUAGAAAUUAAAUAAAGUAAUUAUAAAUUUAUUAAUUUUUGUAGAAAUUGAUUUAUUCAUAUUUAAUUUCACUAUUUUUAGUAUUACUCAUGUAUAUACCCUACAUGAUAUAUUAUUUUCCAGAUAAAGAUAUUAAUUUCAUUGGUGUUAUAGGUUUACCCUGCACUCCUAUUUUAAUAUUAUAUUUUUGUUUCAAUGAAAUUACUUCAUAGAGAAAAUUAAGAAAGUUAAAGAAAAUUUUAUGA